AUGAAGUUCACCGUUAUUGCCUCUGCGAUCGCUCUCUGCACUGCUGUCGUAUCUGCCGACUCCAAGCUUGACGUUAAAUCAGUAAUCUCAGAUUUCUACCCCUCCAGCGCGCCCAAAGUCGCAGCCUCCGUCUCUACGGCCCUAGCAUCUGCCCUUGCCAGCGUGCAAUCGACCUGGACCGACAGUCCCGCGUGGACCUCAGCCAAGAACGCCAUCGACUCUGCCGCGCCCUCCAGCGCGCAGUCUUCCAUCGAAAAGUCGGGCUAUGUGUACGCGCAGCUAACAACGCAGGCGUGGUAUACUAAGAGCGUGCCUCAUGCCGUGCAAACGGCUAUAGCGGGGGAGAUUAAUGCCAUUGACAGUGCGGCGAGCUCAGUCCUGAGUACGGUGACGAGCAAGGGCGAUGCGCCGAGGCAGACGGGUAUGGCUGUUGCGGGGGUGGCUGGUGUUGUUGGUAUGCUGGCUGCUGCGCUAUGA